CCUGUUUCUACUACUGCUACUAUCACCACUUUUCCAAUAACUACUACUACUUCUACUUCUACUUCUACUGAAACUACUAAUACCUCUACAACUUCUAUUACAACUUCUGCCACUUCUCUGCCUCCUACUAAUACUACUACUCCUACAACCACUACUGCCACUUCUCCUUCUACUGCUACUACUUCAGAUACCACCACCACUACCUCUCCUACUACCAAUAGCACUGCCACUUCUACUACUACUGCUACCAACACAUCCACCACAACCACCACCCGUUCCACCUCCACUACGACCUCUGCUCAGCCCACUACCACCUCCACAAAACCUGUCACCACUACAUUCCCAGAAACAACAACUCUUCCAAACUGUGUCCGAAGCUGUGUUGAGUCAAAGAUCCUCCUCGUUUUCCUGCUCUGUGUGACAUUUGCAUGGCUUGAUGUGUGACUGCAGGAGACAAGCCCGUGUGCUGAUUGACUGGCCGUCCAGUAAAGUAGCACAAUGCAAGCUUUGUAAUAUUAUGCUAUUUUGGAAGGUCCUUAUAAUUUGAUAACUUUUCUCUCUCAUCACCCAUAAACUUGUAAUAUUAUGCUACUUUGGGAGAUUUUUAUAAUUUGAUAACCUCUCUCUCUCAUCAACCAUAAACUGUUUGUCUCCUUUUUCCCCUCAGCUAUGUAUGUAACAAAAUAUAAUACACAUAUCACCACACUGA